AUGAUUUUUGAUGAAGAUGACAAUAUGCAAAUUGAUAAACAGGAAUUUCUUAAGAUUCAAUAUAUUCUCAUCCUUGGCACUCCACAAACAUUGGAAUCUUCAGAUAUUAAUUUAAUGGAAUCACAACUGGAAUUGGAACAAUGUUUUGUGAAUGCGGAUUUUGAUGUGGAUUUUCUUUCAAGAAUUGUUCCUGCUACUAGAGAAAAGUUUGAACGAUUGAUCCAUUCGAGUAGUUUUCGGCAUAAAAAUUUAGAUAAAGAUGGAGAGGAACAAAAACUUUUGGAAGCAAAACAAUCACUCGAAACAACAUUAACUGUUCAUUUAUUUGGAAGAAGUGGGCGAGAUUCUCUUACAUUUAAACAAUUCCAAAAUUUCUAUCAACAUUUACAAAAAGAAUUGAUAGAAAUUGAAUUUAAAGAAUUUUCUCGUGGAAAGGAUAGAAUUUCUGCUGUGGAUUUUGCAAGAUUAGUAUUGCGUUAUUCAAUACUUCAUAAAGAUGAAAGAUCUCCUUAUAUUAGAAGAGUUUAUGAAAGAAGUGAAUAUGAUGAAGAGGUUCUUUUGAAUUUAGAAAAACAAGGAAUAUCUUUACAACAAUUUGAAACUUUUAGUAUGUUUCUCAACAAUUUGGAGGAUUUUAGCAAAGCAGUUCGUCUAUAUGCAAUUGCGGACAUCCCCGUCUCUCAAAAUGAAUUUAUUCGAGCUGUUAAAUGUUCUACUGGAUUCAAUUUGGAUCCUCAACUUGUAAAUGUUUUGUUUAAAAUAUUUGAUGCAAAUGGGGAUGAUAAAUUGUCUUAUUCUGAAUUUAUUGCUGUUAUGAGUGAUCGGUUAAGUAGAGGAUUUAAGACACAUCCACAAAAUUCAUUGUUUAGUUGGGAUCAUUUUCGCCGUUGUGUUCGAAAUGAAAUGAAAGGAUUAUCUUGA